UUUUUUUUUAAUAAAAUCGCAGUUUAAUAAUAAUAUAUUUUGUUAGAAAAUGAAAUUUAAAUAUGCUUCGUGUAACCUGUUUUUAAAUAUGUAUUGAAAAAUGAAGAAUUCCCACCAAGUUUUGGGCAAAUGAAAAUCCAUGUGCAGUCACUUGUCUCCCAACUCACAAAACCGAAAGUAACCCUCUCAACAACCCGAAUUCUUCACGCCUUGAUAAUCAAGAGCAGCCUCACCGUCGACCCUUUUUACGCCACCAAGAUUCUUCGCUUCUACGCCAUCAACAACGACUUAGUCUCUGCACGCAACUUGUUCGACAGAAGUCCUGAACGAAGCGUCUACCUAUGGAACUCCAUCAUCCGCGCCUACGCCCAGGCGCGCCACUUCCCCGACGCGUUUCUCCUCUUCAAACGCAUGCUGACCUCCCAAACGCAGCCGGAUAACUUCACCUUCGCGUGCCUCGUACGGGCUUGCUCGGAUAAGUCCGACGAUGAGGCCUUAAGAAUUGUGCAUGGAAAGCUGGUUGCUUCCGGUUUGGGAUUUGAUUUCAUCUGCAGCAGUGCGCUUGUGAACUCUUACUCGAAGCUGGGAUUAGUUGAUGAGGCGAGCUGUCUUUUUCUUGGGAUUGAUGGGGAGCCGGAUUUGGUGCUGUGCAAUGCGAUGGUUUCUUGUUAUGGGAGGUGUGGGGAUUGGAUGAAGGCGGUGGCAAUGUUUAAAUCAAUGCUGGAUAUGGGAAUCCGGCCGGAUGGAUACACGGUGGUCGGAUUGAUCACCGGACUGGCCACUCAUACUGGUUUGAUGAAUGUAGGAGAAAUGGUUCAUGCGUUUUGUGUGAAGUGUGGUUUGGAUUUGAGUGAUCAUGUAGGUAGCAUGCUCGUUUGUAUGUAUUCGAGGUGUGAGUGCAUAGAGCUAGCGCGUACGGUGUUUGAAAAUCUAGUACAGCCCGAUUUAGUCUCGUGGUCUGCACUGAUUGCUGGUUUAGGCCAAACUGGAGAGCAUGUUGAGGCAUUGAUGUUUUUCAAGGAGUUUGUGAUGUUUGGGGGAAGAGCUGAUCCGCCUCUUCUUGCUACUGUUUUGGCAGCUGCUGCUCAGUCGGCCAUUGUGGGGCCAGGCUGUGAGAUCCACGGCUAUGCUGUCCGGCAUGGAUGUGACACGAGCGUUGCAGUCUCGUCUGCUCUCGUUGACAUGUAUGCGAAAUGUGGAUUCCUGGAGAUGUCAAUGAUUGUUUUCAGGAACAUGCCUAGGAGAAAUAUUGUUACGUUCAACACGGUGAUAUGGAGCCUUGGCUUGUACGGGCGUGGCCGUGAGGCGUUGAGGGUGUUUGAUUGGAUUCUUGAAGAGGGAAUGAGGCCUGAUGAGACGACGUUUGGUGGAAUCCUGUGCGCGUGCUGUCACUCCGGAUUGGUGGAGGAAGGGAGGAGGUGUUUUGGAGCGAUGAGAGAGGGGUUUGGCAUGGAGGCUCGAACAGAGCAUUAUGUUUACAUGGUGAAGCUUCUUGGCAUGGAUGGGAGGUUAGAAGAGGCUUAUGAUCUGGUCAGAUCUUUGGCGGAGCCGGUGGAUUCUGCCGUGUGGGGCGCCCUCUUGUCGUGCUGUGAAUACCAUAGAAACUAUGAGGUUCUUGAGGUUAUAGCUAAGCAUUUUUGUGAGAAUGAGGGUAGAAACAGCAGUUACAAAGUGAUGCUCUCUAAUGUAUUCGCUCGUUUAGGGAGGUGGGAAUGUGUGGAGCGGCUGAGGAGGGUUGAUGAUGCAGUAGGAGCCAAGGGGAAGUUGCCUGGGAGCAGCUGGAUCUCUUCAUAGACUAGGAAUGAUCAUUUCUUGAGCUGCCAUUGAUGUCCAGAUAUCAUCUGCAACUCUAAUUUUAUCAAGCUGUUGAGAUGCUAGAAUACAUAUAUACACCUUAUAUUUCUCUCUUUGUUUGUUUCUUGCCCUUUUGAAACCAAUCUAAUAUUAAUAGUUGAUAUCAGUUUCAAGUCA